AUGACCAGCAUAACUCGGGGCCAGCGAGUCCUCCAUACUCAAUUCCAACCUUGGAGCCCCUCUCAUUUUCAUCCCCACCUCCAAUCCCAACGACUGCCCAUCUGCGCACAAUCCCAGCUCUUCUCAACCUCCACCCCGAGCCAGCAAUAUCGCCGACCCUCCCCAUCAUCAACUCCUACAACUACCGUCUUAAUCCCGUCCAAAACCGAAAUAAAUGCCCCAGUCAGCACACACCCUGCCCCUCUCGCAACUCCCUCCCCUCUUCAGCCCUCCGCAGGCGCGGUAGAUAAACUGAAACGCUAUGUCGAAUUCGGCCGCGCAUACGUGACCUUCUACAAAACGGGCCUAAAAAAUGUCUACCACAACUAUCGCGCCUCACUCCCCCUACGGAGAAAAUUAGGCCUACCCGCCUUCAUCCCUAUAUCUCCACCGCGGACAAGCACACACAACAACCGCAGCGCGCCAUCAAUAACACAAGAAUCCAAACUCGGCCGCGCGCAAUUCCAGCUCGUCCGCCGCUCAGCCCGCGAUGUCCGCCGAAUGAUCCCCUUCACAAUGAUCCUGAUCGUCUGCGGCGAGUUCACACCCCUGAUUAUCCCGAUUUUCGGCUCUGCCAUUACGCCCGCAACGUGUCGUGUGCCCUCGCAGAUGAAGACGGAGCGCGUCACUGCUACGAUGCGCAAACUUACGGCACUGGAUGUGUUCGUUGCUGAGGAUGAAGAUCGAUCUGUGCAUUUGCUCAAGUCGGGCGGUGUGGAGCAAUUGGCUCUUCUUGCUAAGUGCUUUGCCGAUCCUGCCUGGGUCGCUGGGGCUGGGUCCGCUGAUGUCUUGCGUGCCUGUGCUGUUUUUGGUCUAGUUAAGCGACAUGAUAAGACUGCGGGUGAGUUCCUUGCUGGUUUGAUCUACCGACCUCGACUAGCACGGUAUGCCGAGUACUUAGCUAUUGAUGAUGGGAUGAUUCGUGUUGGUGGAGGAGUGUCGGCAAUGAAUGCCACCGAGGUGCGGAUUGCGGUUGAGGAACGUGGUGGUGUGGAUGUCUCUUCUGGUACCCAAGACCGAAAACGGGCAGAGCAAUUGGAGAGACGUUGGUUGGAGCAGUGGUUGACAGUUCGUGGAAACAGUCACAUGUCCAAGAAGCUGUAG